AUGGAUUUGCUGUCCAAUGAGGGAUUUGCAAAUGCCCUCUUCUUUGCGGCCAACCUAAAGCCAGGGGGUGGCCACAUGUCUGCCCCGGUAUGUUCUUCGUGGGUGUUUAUGUCGAGGGGCAGCACUUUGAGAACAAAGGCCAAGCCUUUAGGUCGAAAGGAUUCCCUUGCCGUGCUCCAAGGAAACCUGCUCGCUGCAAGAGCAUUUGUGCUCCUUCUAUUGGUAGCUGCGAAAGGAUGCUGGUGGGUGUUAGAACAACCAUCAACAAGUUUGAUGGAAGCCCAUCCACUAUUUCAAUUCCUUCUCAAAAUCCUACCGGUCACCAGAAAGAUCAUCUAUAUGUCAAACUUCGGGUCUCCCACCAAGAAGAGGACAAUUUUAUAUUCAAGCCACCCAGAGAUCGACAGCAUCGAUGAUUUUGCACAGGAGGAGAGGCUGGAGGAGCGAGAAAUGGUGGUUCGCUACCGCAAUGCUAAAGGGGAGCUUCGCUGUCAUGGGGGACGUCAUUUGAAACAAAGCCAGGCGUAUCCCAAACAGUUUGGUGAUGCUUUGGCGGGAUGUCGCACCUUGCAUGCCAAGCGGAUUGUUCGGAAGGCCAACAAGUUUCUUCGAUCAGCUAAGGGGACCAUGCCGCGCCUCACUUUGAAAAGGGCCUUUGGAGCAUCUGGCCUGUUUGCGGCGUGGAAUGUGAAACGGCGUCGUUCAAAGUCAGCCCCAUCUCCGGUCAAGAGACCCCCAGCGUUGAGAAGACCUUCUGUUCCAUCGAAGCCUAGUGAAAGAGUUCGGGCUUUUUUGGUCGAGAAGAAAAGGGAAAGAGAAAGCUCUACGGCCAGCUCAAAAGCUCCUAAGAAUGAGAAGGUGAAGAGUGCCAAGAGCACACCCGAGACUGCUGCUAAGGAGGCAAAGGUGAAGGAGAUCCUAGCAGCGCAAAAGAGGGAGAAGAGCAAAGGCACAGAGAAAGAUACCAGCAAAGACAAGAAGAACACCCAGAAUGAGAAGACAGACACUGGGAAGGAGAAGGCAAGUGAGAGAAGCAAAAGCAAAGACAAGAAGAAAGACCAGCGCAAGAAAAACGACAAGGAGAAGGAUGCAAGCAAGGAGAAGGAAAGAGAUGAUAAGAAAGAGAGCGGCAAGGAGAAAGACAAGGAUGGUACGAAGCAAAGCAAGAAGAAAGACAAGGAGAAGGAUGCAGGUAAGGAGAAUGCAAAAGGCACUGAGAAAGACAGCCGCAAGGAGAAGAAGAAGGACAAAGAUCGGAAGAAGGAGGAGAAGAGCCGAGACAGAGAUGCUGGCAAGGCAAAGGAGGCAGGCAAAGAUGACAAGAAGAAAGAGAAGAGCCAAGACAGAGAUGCUGGCAAGGUAAAGCAGACAGGCAAAGAUGUGAAGAAGGAAGGGAAGAGCCGAGAAAGAGAUGCUGGCAAGGCAAAGGAGACAGACAAUGAUGCAAAGACAGCAGAAGCAGAGAAGAACGAAGCCCCGAAGAAAAACAAUAAGAAAGAGAAAGAGCCUCCAAUCACGUUCGUCCCAAGCAAGAAGUCCAAGGUGGAACACAUCUUCACUACUCCGAUCAAGUCUGACUCAGCCUCAGCUAGCUCUGGAAGAAUGUUGUCUUCAAAGGAGAAGGCUGAGAUGCACCUACGUUCUCUUGGAAACAUACUCCAGGAGACGGACGAGGACUCUGAGUCUGUGGAUGCCACAGACAUGGAGGAGUUUUUGAAGGGCAUCCAAGAAAAAAGACAGGAUGAGGCAGAGAGUGAUCAAGGUGACGAAGAGGAGGCAGAAGGCAGUGAGAAUGAAGAGGAAUCUGAAGAGGAAGGCAAGGGUGAGGCCGACAAGAGUCUUACUGAGAAAACCGAAGAGGAAGACGAGACAAGCGAUGAGGGUGAGGAUCAUGAGGAGGAGGAGGAGGAGGAUGAGGAGCAAGAAGAGAGUGAUGAUGAAGGGGAAGAAGGAAGGGAGAAAGAUGGCGAUGAUGAAGGGUCCAGCGAGGAAAGUCUUUCAGGUGAUGAAGAGGUGGAAGAAGAGGAUGGUGAUGAUCACGUUCAGCCUCCCAAACCUGAAGAAGCAAUCCCUGCAGCUGAUCAGCAUGCUUUGGUCCCCAUAACCAAGGCAACAAGCGAAGCAACCGAGGUGGUUCGCAACAGCACCACAAACAAGAGGGAGUGGGAUGCAUACUGCCGACAGUUGAAGGCCAAUUCCAAAAUCCCAUGUCAAAUUAGUGAGUAUGCCCAGGCCAGUGCGUCCCAAAAGACAGACUUGUUCGGAAUGUGGUUGGACUCAAAUCGCGACUGGAACAAAUGCCAGCUGCUUCUGGAGCGAAAGAUCAAACAAGAACAUGAAGCAGAACGAGGAUGGUGUGCAAUCCAAGGGCGUGAUCUCAAGGCCAAAUACCAGAACACACCGGAGAAAGCGGACAAGCUCAUAGCCUCCAGAAAGAGCCAAGGCCUAUGGUACCCGGACGAUGACUUCCCGGACGACGACGAUGAAGCAUGGUUUUACGUCCGAACCGGCAACACCUUCAAGAAAAAGGAUCUGACUUCAGAAUCUUUGACUUUGAGGGGAAAGAUGGAUGUUGACCCAGAGCUACGCCAGGCUUUGAUCGACCCAGAGGAUGGGUUGCUCAGGCCUGGUGCACUUCCGAAGAUGGCCACGUCUUCGGCAGCUGGCAAUAAGCAGCUCCUUGAUGCGAUCGACAAGGUCCAAGCUGCACCAAAGAAAAAGGCAAGCAACAAGGAAAAGAAUGGUGAAGGAAAAUCCGAGGAGAUGAAGCCGAUGACUCUGCAAGACAAGGCUCAAGAUCUUUUGCCAGACCUACUUUCUGAUGCUGCCAAAGCUAGAACAGAAUCCAUCAAGCUGUCCGGUGUUCCCUAUGCAAAGGAGCUGUCAGACCAGCUUCUGGCCCAUGCUUCUAAGCUUGAAGGAUACUACAGAAAUUUGAAGAAUGCUUUGGAGGAUAAGGAGCCCGAAAAGCAGCUCAAGUCCUUGGUUCAAAAGAUCACGGAAGCCAACGUCUUCACGGAGAAAGCCCAGGCCUGCUGGCAGUCUGACGGCUCUGUCUUUCGGUUUGAGGGAUUGAGAGCAAAUGGGGUAUAUAAGAGUUUGCAAAUAGUCAAUACUUGUCUUGGUCCAACCAAGCACAGCUCCUUCAAAACAGAUGUUCAAAAUCAAACAGAUGUUCAAAAUCAAUCAGUUUUUAUCCGACCCCAAUAUAUAUUGAAAACCUUUUUUCCACAGAACGGCCUACCACUAUCAGGGUUUCUCGGCUGUCACAGGUAA